AUGGAGCCUGAGAAACACACAGAUAUGGUCGAGAAGAAGGCCUCAAUGGAGGUGGAGGGUAGCAGCGAAGCCCCGGAAAAGAUCAACAAGAUUGCUUUACUUUGUGCUGUGGUUGGCUCAAUUAUAUCCAUUAUAUUUGGCUAUGAUACUGGUGUGAUGAGUGGAGCCAUGAUCUUCAUCAAAGAAGAUCUCAAAAUCAACGAUGUCGAAGUCGAAGUACUAGCCGGAAUUCUCAACAUUUGUGCUCUAGUGGGAUCUCUAGCAGCUGGAAGAACCUCUGAUUAUAUCGGUCGGCGUUACACUAUUGUUGUAGCCUCCAUAAUUUUCUUAAUUGGGUCAAUUCUAAUGGGGUAUGGUCCAAACUAUCCUGUGCUGAUGACUGGAAGAUGCAUUGCUGGCAUAGGUGUAGGCUUUGCACUUAUGAUUGCGCCAGUUUACUCCGCAGAAAUUUCAUCUCCAGGAACCAGAGGCCGUCUAACCGCUCUGCCAGAGCUUUGCAUAAGUCUUGGCAUCUUACUUGGUUACGUUUCAAAUUAUGUUUUCGGAAAACUGCCAUUGACACUUGGAUGGAGACUGAUGCUAGGCAUUGCUGGAGUUCCUUCAAUUGUUUUGGCAUUUGGGAUUGUCAAAAUGCCAGAGUCGCCAAGGUGGUUGGUGAUGCAGGGCAGGCUAGCAGAGGCCAAGAAAAUUUUGUUUCUAAUUUCUAACACCAAAGAAGAAGCUGAGGCUCGUUUUUGUGAUAUCUUGGUUGCUGCUGGACUUGAUGAAAAUUGUAAGGAAGAUGUAAUUGAGGUUCCCAAUAGCACCAAGGGUGAAGGGGUUUGGAAAGAACUACUUUUGAGGCCAACUCCGCCCGUCCGUCGGAUUCUAAUCGCAGCCAUCGGAAUCCAUUUCUUUGAGCAUGCCACAGGGAUAGAAGCUGUUGUGUUAUAUAGUCCAAGAAUUUUCAAGAAAGCUGGGGUUAGAAGCAAAGACAAGUUGUUGCUUGCCACAGUUGGGGUUGGUGUUACAAAGACUUUGUUCAUAUUGGUAGCCACAUUUUUGCUUGACAAAGCUGGCAGGAGGCGCUUAUUGUUGACAAGCACUGGUGGCAUGAUUGUGGCUCUAACAGGAUUAGGGUUUUGCUUGACAAUGGUAGAGUACUCCAAAGAGCAGCUUACUUGGGCACUAAGCUUGAGCAUUGUGUCAGUUUAUGUGUUUGUGGUUUUUUUCUCAAUUGGGCUUGGGCCCAUAACUUGGGUUUACAGCAGUGAGAUUUUCCCUUUGAAAUUGAGGGCACAGGGAACAAGUAUUGGGGUGGCUGUGAACAGACUUACAAAUGCUACAAUUUCUAUGAGUUUCCUUUCAAUUUAUAAGGCAAUUACCAUUGGAGGGGCCUUCUUUAUGUUUGCAGGCAUGGCUGUCUUGGCCUGGAUCUUUUUCUAUUUCUGCUUGCCAGAGACCAAGGGGAGAUCAUUGGAAGAGAUGGAAAUGGUUUUCAGCAAAAGCAAAGAUACUAAUAAGUCUAGAAAUGGUAUUGUAUGA